CGCGCAAUAUCUGGGACUGCGGGGUGACACUCGUUGGACCCGAGGAGCUUUUCGUCACAUAAAACUAAUUUCUGUAAAUGAACGGUGUCAUGGCACCGCACCAACAGGCAUUUUAAUGGCGGGACAGCAGCAGCAAGGAAAACGAGGCAAAGGUUCCCAGAUGAAGAGCCCAGAGAAAAAGAAGAGGAAGUCUAACUCUCAGUUAGGGGCAGCAUUCUCCCACCUCUCUGAGUUUGCACCCCCUCCUACGCCGAUGGUUGACCACCUGGUGGCCUCUAAUCCUUUUGAUGAUGACUUUGGUCCACCAUCGCGAUCUGCUGGAGGAGGUGGUCCAGGUGGUGCCACCUUUCUGCCCAGCCCAGGGGGUGGAGGUGGCUAUGGAGGGCCGGGUCGAAUGGGAGGAGGUAUGGGGUAUGGUGGCCCAGGAGGACCUGGAGGUGGACAGCCUGGCCAGACGACCCCCUUUGGUCCACCAACACCAAAUACUGGACCACACCACCCACUUGGAUGGGGCAUGCCAGGCUUUGGAGGUGGAGGAGGGGGAGGAGGAGGCGGAGGAGGAUUUCCACCAGGAGGCCCAUCCCAGUUUAAUAUGCCACCCAACUUUAGCCCUCCAAUGCAUCCUGGACAGGGAUUUAACCCGAUGUUGUCCACCGGGAGCUGGGUUGGUGGUCCAGGAGGCGGAGGCGGUCCACCACAUCCAAGGUUUGGUAUGCCUCAGCAACAGCCUCCACAUGGACAAGGUGGCCAUCCUUCAAUCAGCCCUCCCUUACCUGGCGGCCCUGGCCCCCGUGGGCCUCCACAUGGCCCCCAUGAACCCUAUGGGGGAAUGGGAGGAGGAAUGAACAUGAUGGGCAUGGGUGGUGGAGGUGGUGGGGGUAAUAUGGGGUGGACCCCAGGGAUGCCUCCGCAAGGACAGUUUCCUCCCUCCCAAGAUGGCCCCUACCCUGGAUCAAGUCCUCCUGUUGGUGAAGAGGGAAAGAACUUUGGUGGUCCAGGGGGUGGUCCACCUGUUCCCUCUCAGCAGCAACCACCUAACCUUAACCCCUCUGGCCCUCCAUCAAAUAAUGCCACCCCUGGUCCAUCCCCAGCCCCUGGACAACCACAGCCUGGAGGAGGCUUCCCUCAAGAUGUUCCACACCCAAUCCCAAACACCCCAGGACAACCCCAGUCGGCCCUCAACCCCCCAAUCCAAUUCAUCCCCCACAGUCCGCUGAAUGGUCCCCAGCCUCAAGCGCCAAACAAUCAGCAUCCUCCCCACUCACCCAACUCCACCGGUGGCCCUGGACCCAACACCCCAUCAAACCAGCAACAACCAACACCACCCAACUCUGCUCCAGGCUCCACCUACAGUCAGCAGAAUAACGCUCCUGGUGGUCCAAUGCCAAACAGCCCCAACUCCAACCAGAACAACCUUAACAACAGCAGUGGCAGCAACACCCGUAGCAACCCCAAUCCUCUCAACUCUAACUCUACUCCCAACACCCAGUCUCCGCUUCCCAGUGGACCCGCUCCAACAUCUGCUGGCCCAGGCUCUGGUCCCCCAAAGCUAGGUGGGGGCAUGGUGUUUCCUUGCGGCCUUUGCGUUUCAGAAGUGCACGAUGAUCAAGAGGAUCUGUGUGAGGCCUCUUGCCAACGAUGGUUUCAUAGAGACUGCACUGGCCUAACUGAGCCAGCAUAUGGGCUGCUAACCAGGGAGAGUGCCGCAGUGUGGGCAUGUGACUUUUGCCUCAAGACUAAAGAGAUUCAAGCGGUUUAUGUGCGCCAGGGAUUGGGACAGCUAGUGGCUGCAAAUGAUGGCUGAGGGAGGGAGGAAGAUGGGUGAAGAGGGAUGUUUUAUAGGUUUUUUGGUGCUUCAUGUCUUGUGUUUCACGGUUGAGGAAGUGAAAUUGAAUUGAAGAAUAAACCUGAGAACCAGAGGAGAGCGAGACGUAUGGAUUAAAGUAAACUUCUUAUUCUGAAGCAACUUCUUGCAUUUGUUUCUUCACAGACCUUAUAAGCACUUUUAUGGCCCAUGUCGCUGAAUGAAACUCAUUAUAUCAGAUGUUGGAAAUAAUUGUAUAUAGAAUAUCAUGACACAUUUUCAAGAUUCAGCUGUUUAUGAUUGUUGCACUCGUAGGUCUUCAUUUUACCUUGGUGGCAAAUUUGGGGAAGCAGCUUGAUUCUGGCCAGAACAAAAAUCUAAAUUCAAAACUUGUAUAAAGAAUUAAACUUUUCUGUGAUUAUACCCAAGAUCAGCAUCCAAUAAGCUGUCCAAUCUUUAUUUAAUUUUUCAAAAUCCAACUUCUUGAUCUGCAAAGCACUGAUGCCAACUUGCUACCUCAAAAAUUUGACAUGUCUGGCUAAGAUUGCUUUUUAAGGCAAGAGUGUAUAGUCACCACACAACCUCCUCUCCUCUCAGCGAUCUCCAUUUCAGUAUAUCCAAAGGAAACUGGCAGUGUCCUGAAAAAGGCAUGUAAGACAUGUAGAUAAUCAAUAUUUCAAUGUGUCCGUCAUUGAACACAUUGGCAAUCUGACAGAAUUUUUGCGAUUUCAUUGUCAGUGCAACCUCUAGAUUGUUUCUCUUUAUGUACAGCUACUUACUGUUUUGACACACAAG